CGCAGAUAAAGGCGAUGAUCCUCACGUGAUCAUUGCCACGACCGUUCCGGCUACUCAUUUCUUCCCUUCAUUUACGACCACCACCUUCACGCUUGUUUCAUAUUUCCACGGCCUGGGGCCCUUGUCGCUCGCUGUAGACGAUCAUGGUGGACGAUAAAUGGAUAGGUUUGGCGCUGGCGGUGUCCAGCUCAGCGGCAAUCGGUGUCAGCUCCAUAAUAACCAAAAAGGGCCUCAAUGCUUCGGCGGAUACUACUUAUGGUGCCUCUGCAUCGGAUAACAUGACAUAUCUGAAGAAUCCAAUAUGGUGGGCAGGGAUGUCGACUCUUGUAUUAGGAGAAGCUGCAAAUUUUGCUGCAUAUACUUUCGCCCCUCCAAUAUUGGUCACACCGCUAGGCGCACUGAGCGUUCUAAUUGGCGCUGUUCUCGCAUCCUUCCUACUCGGCGAGCGGCUAGGUCAUCUAGGACGACUCGGUUGCACGCUGUCGCUAAUUGGAUCACUGAUCAUUGUUCUGCACGCCCCGGAAGACAAAGCUGUUGAGACUGUUGAUGAAAUAUUGGGAUAUGCGGUACAACCAGGUUUCCUGUUGUACGUUUUCACCGUCGUUGUCUUCACCUUGAUCAUGAUUUACUAUGCCGUACCCCGCUAUGGCCGGACAAAUCCCCUUGUCUACAUAUCUAUAUGUUCUGUGGUCGGCUCAGUGUCUGUCAUGUCCAUCAAAGGCUUCGGUGUCGCCGUCAAGCUAACUUUUGGAGGAAACAACCAGUUCCUACGACCAAGCACGUAUGCGUUUGGACUGGUGUCAGCGUUCUGCAUUAUGGUGCAGAUGAACUAUUUGAACAAAUCUCUGGACACGUUCUCCGUGAAUAUAGUAAACCCUAUGUAUUACGUCGGGUUCUCCUCUUCAACCAUCGUUGCCUCCCUCAUUCUCUUCCAAGGUUUCAAUACCACCGAUGCAACAAAUACCAUCUCCCUAAUAUCAGGCUUCAUCGUCAUCUUCCUCGGUGUUCACCUCCUCAACCUCUCACGAAACCAGGGCCCGUCUGUUGAGCUCUCCGGCUACAAUGCUCCUGAGGACGCCCCCGGCCAUCUGAGCUAUAAUGGAAGACUAUCCAUAGACGGAUGGCACGGGAUUGUUACUGGACCAGACGGGAUUUCGCGACCAGGAGGCCAAGGACAGCGGAGUUCGACCUACCGAAAUCAAACGACGACCUUGUUCGAUGCGUUUGAUGAAGGGCAUCCUAAUGGGCAUGUUGAGCAUGUCGGUCUCCAGCAGCUGAGGGAGGAAGACGAGACGGACGGCGAUGAAGACGACGGAGCGAUUGAUGAACGGACACGACUGCGCAGUCAGAGUAACCAUAAUAGUAGGGCUACCUCUCCUAGGGAGGUGUAAAAUUUAUGUAUAAUGGUAGUCCACCUCUGGUGAUACCCUCCUCAUUGCGUAUAUUUUGGACGAUUAUCGUUUAGCUAUGGUAUAGCACUAGUAGAUUUGUCGUAUAUAGCAGGCAUAGCUAUCUGAUGUCCAGGCUCUGGAGUCCGGCGAUUUGGGAGCGUUCGGAUGUCGGUCCGAAGGUCCGGUCC